AUGUGUGAUAUACAACAAAUUGCAUGGUCUGAACCUGCUCAAGGUUGCAUAUCCAGCUUUGAUGCUCUCGAUUUCCAAUUAGAAAUUCAGUUACCAAGUGAAGCCAGCAGCAGUGAAGAGCAAGUCCCUCCUGCAUUCAUGAACUUUUCAAUGUCGCAAAAGAAGAAAACAGUCGAGGCAGAAGCUGUUCUAAAAGGAAAGGAAAAAGUGAAGAAAAAGCGAUUUACUACUGUAUACGAGUAUUACCAUCUCCGAAUGCUGCAUGGUGUGAAACUUUCACCAGAUUCAUUUUGCCUAACGGUUACGGCUUCGAAGAAGAAGGGUCAUCAAAUAUACAUCCCCCUCGAGUUUUGUGUUGUUGUUUCCCCUGUCCUUACCAUCUUGUUUUCGAUUCAAAAGAAGUGCAAACUUAGUACACAUGGCAAAUACGAGAUAAAGAAGAGUUUACCUCCACGUCGUGUUAUGAAUCCCGAUCCUAAAAGAACAAAGAUUCCCAUUUGUUUAUCACCCCUUAGAAACUUUUCAAAUAUCCAUAGAGGGAGACAGCUGAAUCCCACUAAUCAACAACGCGAAUUCGAUGUGAUAACUGGCUGGGAUUUUGAAAACCAAGGGUUUCAAGGUACAAAGCUGGAUGCUAAGUCAUUUCGUAGGAGAAUUGAAACAGGACUAAAAAGCUUAAGAAAGGGAUACUUCAUCCUAAGAUUCUUUGCCUAUGGGAAUGCCAAAAUCUUGAAUCGAAACAUAUUAACCGAGCUAAGGGCAUCCGGUAUUGAAAUCAUUGACAUUCCUCCAAGAGAAGAGAUUGAUACUAAGAAGACUAAAGACAAAAGAGAGAAGGUUUACAUCACAUGUAAAGUUGAAGGUUGUCCUAUAAGAAUAACAUUGCAGCGUACUAAGUUGAUAGGAAUAAGACUUUACGAUGGAAGCAAUCUUUAUACUACUAGUCCUCUGCCAAAGAAGAGAACUCAAUUCUCCUUUUUCUUUGAAAACAGUAAAAUGCAUUGGUGUGUGAAGAUAAUAUUUAAUCGUGUGCUCCCUGCUUAUCCGUUUUGUGCAAUUACUCCUCAUCGGUUUAAGAGAAAACCAGACCUGGCUGAUAUGCGGAUUAUACUUGAAGUCUUGUUGCACGCCGUUGACUUCCAACCUCCGGGUAAUAUACUUUUUAUCACGGGUGAUCAAGACUUUUCAACUCCCAUCAACGAACUCCAGCGUAGAGGGUUUGUUGUACUGGUAGCCAAUGACAACCGACAAGUGGAUCUGGAUUUUGGAGCAACAGCUUCCUGGAAUUUUUAUAGCUUAUGCCAAGGUGGAUCAUACCGGUUCAUAAAUGCAGGUGUGAAUGAAGAAGAUGAUUUUGAAGAUUUAGACCAUGCCCUUCAGUGCUUAGCUCACACACCAAAGCUUGUUGACUUCUUUCUUGGAGAAUACAGGAAAGAAAUAAAUCAUGGCAACCCAUUGGGAACAAAAGGUGAGAUAGCCUCAGCUUUCGGUGACUUGUUAAGGAGUUUGUGGGCUCCAGGUGCAUCACCAGUGCCUCCAACUACACUUAAAGCAAAACUUGAUGAAUAUACUACUCAAUUUCGUGUCUUUGAUCAGCAUGAUUCGCAGGAACUUCUAGCUUUCUUGCUGAAUGGACUCCACGACGACGUAAACCGUAUAAAGACCAAGCCUUAUGUGGAAGCAAAAGAUGGACAUGGCUGUCCAGAGGAAGAAGCGGCUGAUGAAUAUUGGCGAAAUCAUGUGGCUUGCAAUGAUUCAAUAAUUGUUGAUUUAUGCCAAGGCCAAUUAAAGUCAACAGUAGUUUGUCCUAUUUGCAAAAAGGUUUCUGUUACUUUUGAUACGUUCAUGUACCUCUCACUAGCUUUGCCAUGCACUUCAAUGCAAACAGUGAACGCUUAUGAUACUUGUCUUCUGAGCUCCUUCCCUGAGGUUUCCAAAUUUGGCACUAAGAGACCCCGGGAAGAAUCUGUUUCGCUUGACAAGUGCCUUGAAGCAUACUUGGUGGAGGAGCCUCUUGGUCGUGAUAACAUGUGGUAUUGUCCUGGGUGCAAAGAGAAGAGGCAAGCCAUGAGAAAGUUAGAUCUGUUGAGCUUGCCAGAGAUCCUCGUAAUUCAUCUGAAGAGGUUUUCAUAUAGCCGCCACUCUAUGGGGAAGAAGCUGGAGGCCGAUGUGGACUUCCCGCUAGAUGAUCUUGAUCUAUCAAGCUACAUCUCCUACAAGGAUGGUCAGACAAAUUAUCGCUACAUGCUCUAUGCAAUUAGCAAUCACUAUGGAAGCAUUGGAGGUGGUCAUUACACUGCAUAUGUCCGUCUUGGAGAUGAUCGAUGGUAUGACUUUGAUGAUAGCAAAGUCCACCAAAUCAGCCAAGAAAAUAUCAAGACCCCCGCUGCUUACGUUCUCUUCUAUAAACGUAUAGUAGAAGACAAAUGA